AUGGUUGCCAUCUCACUCGCUGUUCUCUCGGCCGCCACUGGCAUUUUCAUCCAAUCUGUACAAGCUGCACCUUCGCCUACCACCACACACGUCGAUGAGUUUGUUCGCCGCGACGCUGAAGCUCCUCCGUUUGUCAAGCGCGCUGCUAGUUGUACCUUCCCCUCCCCUCCUAAGACUUCGAGCCUUAGCAAGCCUAUCACCGUCACUGGCACCUUUGAUGGUGGUAAUGUUCGGUUUGACCGUGGCUCCGGUGCUUGCACAGACCAGGCUGAGGGAGGCGACGCUGACGCAGUCUUCCUCAUCCAGUCCGGAGGAACCCUCCAAAAUGUUGUGAUUGGUGCCAACCAGGCCGAAGGUGUUCACUGCCUCGGGCCUUGUAACCUGUACAACGUCUGGUUUGAGGACGUGUGCGAGGAUGCCAUCACCAUCAAGCAGACCUCUGGACAGUCCAACAUCGUCGGCGGAGGCGCAAAGGGGGCAAGCGACAAGGUGGUGCAGCACAACGGAGGCGGAACUGUGAAGAUAGACUCGUACUGUGUGCAGUCGUUUGGAAAGCUCUAUAGGUCUUGCGGCAACUGCUCCACUCAAUACAAGCGCACCGUUUUGAUCUCCCAGAUCAUUGGUAAUACUGGCUCUUCCUUGGCUGGCAUCAACUCCAACUACGGAGAUGUUGCUCAGUUCGACACUGGAUCCCUCCAACUUACUAAAGUAAGCAGCAUCUGCGACACAUACAAGGGCAACAGCAGCGGCGAUGAGCCUACCAAAUUGACAAGCAACACUGCCAAUUCUUAUUGCAAGUUCUAA